AUGGCACCUCCUACGACAGAGCCUCCGGCAUUCAGUGAGGUCGACUGGAAGGCACAGGUGGAACAGGAUGAAGCCAAUAUUCGGCAACUGAUGGAUGCUCAAGACCAAGGUGAAGGUCCCGCACUUUUCGACGAGAACCGGCCCCUGGAGACUGGUGACAAGGCCGACGACGCCCAGGACUACGAGGACAUAAGUGACGAUGACCUCCCUGAGGAGGAGGAUGCAGCUGGUGCCGGCGAGGGCGAUCUGCCUGGUCUUACUGAUGAUAUGGGAACAAGCCACGAUACGGAUGAUCUCUUUGGUGAAGGUCGUGGCUCUUCACCUUUCGACCAGUUUGAGGACGAUGAGGUAUUUCAGCCAGACGGAACAACAAACAUCUCACAAAUCAAUGGUAACCUGACGCUGCCUUCCAUCGAACCUGAAAUUGAUCUGCGCGAGCUCAACUUCCCCGAACAUUACGGGGCCUCGAAUCAAGAUCCCUCCAUACCUGCUCCCGCGGAGUCGAUACUUGAGCUUGUGAAACAGUCCUGGCCAAAGUUUGAGCAAGGAACAAUUUGUAACUUUAGUGAAUUACUGCCUCCGCAACCUGCACACUACAUCUACAAAACACCCGAUAGACGUCCAAAGCCAGUUCACCCUACCAAAGUCAGCUUGGAUCUUGCUCCGGAUCAGGAGAAGAACUUCUACUCUGCCGGGCCUGCGACAUCCGAUAAGCGAAAGCGAGUCCAAGAAGCCGAGGCCAAGGGACUGGUGGCUAUUGUCGAGGAGUCUUCAGACGAAGCUGAAAUCGAUGAGGGCUUCGAUUGGUCUUCACCAGACCCAAAUGAGAAGUUGGGAGGGGUUACUUGGGCUGACCUUGAGAUAAUCUGUGAGGAUUGGGAAUCGAGGAUAAACCCAGUAUUGCCACCACCCGUUGAGGAAUCAGAGGAGGAACUUGACGCUUGGGAGCUGGAGAUCCUUGGACCCGCUGCGAAACGUAGGAAGGUUCAGACCCAGGAAAAGGAUAUCAUGAGCACUCAACGCUUCCCUGUUCCUUCAUUCGAUGACUUUGAGGAGGCAACGAGAAGAGUUGCGAAGCGCGUAUGUAUUGAUCUGAAUGAUCCUUAUAUACUCGUCGAUACGCAAGAGCAGAAACCAGCAAAGCGCCGACGUAUCGGAUCCACCCAAAAAGCUGGAAAAGGAGACCUCUCGGCAAGGUUACACUCGAGAUUUAACAUGUCGAAUGAUGCAGCAUAUGAGGCUCUUAAGCAGAACCACAAGAGCAAAGUUCGAGCCACCCUUGGAAACAUCUCUGUCGAGCAUAGUUUGCCGGCACAAAGACUCCAAUGGCCAUACUACCGAGUUAAGUUUUGGGUUGGAGAAGCUCGUAGCUGGCACCGGCCGGCUCUCCAUUUCAAUAAGGUCAUGAACCAACCUAUUCAUUUCGCUAAGCCUUGGAUUACCAAGAAGAAGAAGGAUCUCAAGAAUCUCCCUACACAUGAUCUCUUCAAGACGUCCAAGGAUCUGAGUCUUGCCGACCACUAUGCUAGCGCCACGUUGCUAGAAUAUUCCGAAGAACAUCCAACAGUGCUUUCAAACUUUGGUAUGGGAAAUCGGAUCAUCAACUAUUACCGUCGCGAAAAAGCCGAUGAUGAGAGUCGGCCUUUGCCUGACGACAAAGUCGGUGAUGUAACUUUACUUCUCCCCGAAGAUAGGUCGCCAUUUGCAAAAUUUGGUCACGUUGAACCGGGUGAAACGGUUCGAACUCUUCACAAUGCUAUGUAUAGAGCUCCGAUUUUCAAGCAUGAUGCCAAGAGUACUGAUUUCCUUGUCAUUCGCACCAACACUGGAACACAUGGCAUGUCAUGGCACAUUCGUAACAUCGAUCAUUUAUUUGCAGUAGGGCAAGAGUUCCCGUCAAUGGAAAUUCCGAGUCCUCACUCUAGAAGGGUUACUACUGCUGCGAAAUUACGAAUGAAGAUGAUUGGCAUGCGAAAGAUUCGACACGAUCCUCAUGGCCAUCUUAAGAUUGGUGACGUUACAGCACACAUUGCCGAAUCUAGCGACAUGCAGAAUAGACAGAAACUCAAGGAGUACUUUUUGUAUGACAAGGUUGAGAAAGUCUGGAAGAUCAAGCCUGGCGAGAUGGUGCAAGAUGAAGCGUCUACGCGCAGUCUGAUCAAGCCGGAAGAGAUCUGUGCGCUCGAUGCGAUGCAAGUUGGCUAUCGAGCUCUUCAGGACGCUGGAAUGGAAUUGGACGGAAAAGACAAGGAGGGAGCAGAGGAUGCUGCCGAGGCGGAUGAUGAUGGCAAGCUGACCCCAGACCAAAUUCUCGAGAAGAAUCUCACGCCUUGGAAAACCACCAAAGCUUUCCUCGAUGCUUCUACAGAAAAGGGUAUGCUCGACCUUCAUGGCGCUGGCGAUCCAUCCGGCUGUGGAUUGGCUAUCAAUAUGAUCAGAGUGUCGAUGAAAGGCGGCUUUCAACCUAAAGGUCCUGGAGGAAGCUCAGACCAAAGCGCAAAAGAUGCACAAAAGAAGAAUGGUCAUGGAUACAACGUCAAGGAGCAGGAGGAGAAUUACAAGAAAUCCAUUAACGAAAUUUGGCAUAGGCAAAAGAUGAACUUGUCCGACCCGACUGAGCAUUCCGAGAAUGAAAUGGAGCUCGAGCAGGAGGAUGAAGAUCGAAGACUCAAUUCUGGUCAAACUCCUCAGUCUAUGGCCACCCCUGCUGGCUUUGACGAUUCUGCUAGCCAGCUCAGUAGAUUCAGUGGUGUCGAUCGACGUAGUAAAGCUAUGCGCAUCACUCGCACUGUUCGGAACAAGUUGGGACAGACCGAGGAAAUCACUCAUAUCAUCAAAGAUCCUCGUGUAGCGCGUGAAUACCAGAAGCGCCGUCAUGCACUGGAUAACCAGAGUACCAACGUAUACGAUGCAAAGCCUACUGGGAAUGCCGAAUGGGAUCGACUGGAGGCUAAGAGAAUCAAGGAUGAACUUGCCCGUCUAGAGCGUAACAAGGAACGUCGCCAUGCCCGUGAGAAGCAAAAGGGCAUCAUCUCAAACGACAAGCCAUCCGACACCGGCUCACCUGCCUCUACCCCUGCGAAAUCAGUCGAGAAGCCCCAAGGGACGACAAGAAAAUGUGCGAACUGUGGAAUGGCCGGACACAUCAAGACCAACAAAAAGCUUUGUCCUAUGUUGAAUGGACAGAUGAAAGCUGAAGACAAAGGUCCGGCUGGGUUUGGGGCCUUUGGUGCUGCUGCUGCGCCUUCGUUUGGUUGA